AUGCAUACGAUCUGGACGCGGGCGAACGCGCUCUUCACGCUCGCGAUGACCGCCAUGUCCAUCAUGUGCGCGCUGACGACGCUGACCACGUACCUCCACGAGCCGUCGCCGGUCAUCAACACGCUCUCGCUCAACACGGUGCACUCGCUCAAGAAGUACCGCGACCGCACCGAGAAGGCCGUGCUCUCGUUCGACUUGGACGCGGAUCUGCGCUCGGUCUUCAACUGGAACACGAAGCAGCUAUUUGUGUACAUUGUUGCCGAGUAUGCAAGCGCGUCCAACGCCAAGAACGAGGUGGUCAUCUGGGACGCGAUCGUCCCGACCAAGGACGACGCGAUGCUACGCCGGACCGACGAAGGCGUCAAGUAUUUUCUUGCCGACCAGCACGACGAGCUCCGCGGCGCCGACGUGACUCUGAAGCUCAAGUGGGACGUCAUGCCCGUCUGCGGCCGCCUCUUCCAGUACGGCGCCGGCGCCACCGCGUUUAGCAUGCCCACCAAGUACAUUGGCAAGACGACCAAGUAG